UCCCCCCGGCUAUUAAAAGGCAUUAUUUCCCCGCAUCCUCCCCACUGGGAGCGAAAGUGACUUGUGGCCUUGACCGUCAUGUUGCGCGCAUCCCGUUGUGUUUCCUGCCGACCGUUCUGCAGGCGAUAUGCAACCGCCACCGGACCUCAUGCGCUUGUCUUCUUGGAGCAUCGUGACGGCGCAAUUGAUUCCGGCUCUCUGGCAGCAGUUACGGCUGCGCAAAAGCUGGGAGGGCAGGUGACAGGGCUUGUCGUAGGCGAUUCGGAGGUUCAGGAAGUUGUGCAGAAAGCGAAGAAGCUCAAGGGUCUGAGUCAGCUGUUGCACAGCACAUCCCCAAAGUACGCUGCGCCAGUGCCGGAAAUCAUCUCCCCACUGCUGGAAAAGUUGCUCUCUAAAGGCUCGCCGUUCACUCACGUCGUCUCUGCGCACUCGUCCUCCGGCAAAUCUCUCCUUCCCCGCGUAGCCGCCCGACUUGACGUUCCUGCGGUCUCAGACAUCACCUCCAUCGAACAUGAUAGUGCAUCCAACGCAACCACGUUCACUCGCCCCAUCUACGCAGGCAACGCGAUCGCGACCGUGUGUGCACCCGCCUCCAUCCCACUCAAGUUCUUCACCGUUCGCUCGACUGCAUUCUCGGCGGUCCUUUCAGAAGACGGUGCGCAAGUAGAGGACAAGGCGGUGGACCCUGUUGAAGUUGCAGACCCGCCUACCGAGCACAUCAGAACCGACCUCACAAAGUCGGACCGUCCAGAUCUCGGUGCCGCUAGCCGUGUUGUAUCUGGGGGUCGUGCGCUUAAGAACGCUGAGACGUUCAAGGCAGUUCUCGAACCCCUGGCGGACGUGCUGGGUGCUGCUAUCGGCGCGUCGCGAGCAGCCGUCGACGCAGGAUAUGCCGACAACUCCCUGCAGGUCGGACAGACAGGCAAAGUUGUCGCUCCAGAACUAUACAUAGCCAUUGGAAUUUCUGGUGCCAUUCAGCAUCUUGCUGGCAUGAAGGACUCGAAGCUGAUCGUUGCCAUCAACAAGGAUGCGGACGCACCCAUCUUCCAGGUUGCUGACGUUGGGCUUGUCGCGGACCUAUACGAUGCAGUUCCUGAGCUGGUGCAGAAGUUGAAGCAACAGUAGAAACAGUCUAUAUUUAUGAUCAACGCAC